GAGCGGGUAGGUGAGCGCGUUCAGCCAGGGGGACCAGGCGCCGUCGGGCUGAGAGAUUCGCGCGACACCCGCACCAUGAGACCGGAGGCGGCCGGAGUCCGGGAGGCGCGGGGACGCCUCUGCCACUGUCCGGGGGAUGAUCCCGGGAGGCUACCGCUGCCACGCGGGCCCGAAAGUUCCAUUCCAGCCCCGUGGAGACCGUGGAUGUCGCCUCCCCCCGGAGAUGCUGAACUGACCAGAACUGAACGUCCGUGUGAGUCUUGGGGAGACCAACACACAUCGGGAUCAAAGGGAGCCUUUGGAUUCCAGCAUCCUGUCAGACUUUACUUACCCGUUUCAAAGCGUCAAGAAUACCUUCAGAGUUCUGGGGAAAAAGUGCUGGCCAGCUUCCCAGUGCAAGCCACCAUUCAUUUCUACAACGAUGACUCUGAGUCUGGCUCUGAGGAGGAACAAGAGGAGGAGGCCCAGCCCAACCACCUUCAGUGCCUGGAGGCAGAAGUCAGGGAUUCUGCUCAGGAGGAAAGGGCAGAAUAAAGCUGGCAAGCCUGGGAUGAAGGAGUGGCCUCCGGGAAGGGUCAGCUGCCUGCAGGUGACACUGCAGGGGGCAGCGAGAGCUCUAGCAAAUGAAGGGAGCCUCUCUCUCAUGCUGGUCACUGUGUCCUGGGGACAGCCUUGCCUGCCAGGACCCAGCCUCUUCUCCAGAUUCCUGUGUUGGAAGUUCAGAGGUUGGACUGUGCUCAGUGCCUGCUGAGGCCAGGAACUCCACUUUCUUAUUUUUCCUGAUGUGUGUGUCUGACUGUAUGUCUGUCUCUGUGUGUCUGUCUGUGUGUGUGCACACAUGUGCUCAUGCGUACUUUUGAGGAAAGGUGCCUGAUGGGAAGGUGUUCUCAGGAAGAAGGCCUCCGGAUGGAGCUCACUGCUGCUCUGAAAAUGACUCCUCCCUAAACCUCACCACCCCUCUCUUGUCCAGAGACCCAUUUUCUAGUGAUUCUCCCUUCGUAAAAACAAUGUAGACGUUAACUCCCAUUUUAAGAGUUCAUUUGCAGGGCUGGAGAGAUGGCUCAGCAGUUAAGAGCACUGACUGCUCUUCCAGAGGUCCUGAGUUCAAUUCUCAGCAACCACAUGGUGGCUCCCAACCAUCCGUAAUGAGAUCUGAUGCCCUCUUCUGGUGUAUCUGAAGACAGCUACAGUGUGCUUAUAUAAAUAACAUAAAUAAAUCUUUGGAAAAAAAAAAGAAGUAAGAAGAUAUGAUCUCUUUAGGAGAUAAAAUAGCUGUUUCUGAGAACUGUGUGUUUAAGUGUAUAUGUUGUAAGGGUUAAUUCUUAUUACUUGGUGACCAGCCUGGUCUUGUUAUUUGCAUGAAAUGAUACUGUUAAAGUUUCUUAUGUAAGAUUAUUUUGAAUUUUAUUAUUUUGAUAACCCAAGGACUCUGCUCCUCAAACUUCUCCCUAAUUAUCUUUCUGGAAUCCAUCUUCCCACACACACCACCCUGUAUGAAUUUCUACUUGGAAUAAAAUAUUUUGAAAGAA